AUGGGUGAACAAGGCCCUGCACCGGGCGCGGAGUCGCCUACUUGCUCGAUUGAGGAGUUCACGAACACCUCGUUCGACUAUAUUAUUUGUGGAGGUGGAACUGCGGGGUGUGUCAUCGCUGCGCGGCUAACUGAGAAUCCCGAUGUGACUGUUGGUCUUGUUGAAGCUGGAAAGUAUCGCAUCGGUGAUCCUUUGGUGGAUACGCCUGCGGCUUUCUUCCAGAUGUUUGAGGAUCCGGAGUAUGAUUGGUGUUUGUAUAGUGCACCGCAGGAAGGGAAUCGAGGAAAAGUUCACCAUAUCCCCCGCGGAAAGUUGCUUGGUGGCUCCAGUGGCAUCAACUACAUGAUGUAUGUCCGCGGAUCUCGACAGGACUACGAUGACUGGGCCGAGCUGGUCGAUGACAAGGGUUGGUCUGCCGAUACCAUGCAGCAAUAUAUGCGCAAGCACCAGACCCUCGAGCCUUACGACGAAGCGAUCACCGACCGCUCGACCAUGCCGUUUGUAGGCGAAUUCCACGGCACCAGCGGACCAGUCCGAACUAGCUUCAACGACUCGAUCCUGCCCAUCGAGAACGAUGUCAUCAAAGCUUGCGACGAAGUCACCGGAUUCACGAAGAAACCCACUGAUCCCUGGAGCGGCGACCACAUUGGUUUCUACCACACUCUUGGCUCCAUCAUCCGAACAGGCCCUAACAAGGGCAAGCGUAGCUAUGCAGCUCGCGGAUACUACGAGGCGAACAAAGCCAGGCCUAACCUUAAAGUUCUCUGCUCGACGCUAGUCAACAAGGUAAUCCUCGACGGCAACAAAGCCACUGGAGUCAGCAUCUCACACGAUGGCAAGGACUACGAAGUCACCGCCAAGCGCGAGGUCGUCGUCUGCGGUGGCACACUCAAAUCACCGCAGAUCCUCGAGCUCUCGGGUAUUGGAGACCCUGAAGUUCUCAAGGCCGCAGGUGUGGAGUGCAAGGUUGCCAAUCCGGCCAUCGGCGCCAACUUCCAGGACCACAGCAUCACCUUUGCCGUAUAUGAGACGCAGCCUGGCACCAUCACGCUGGAUUCUUUCUAUCAGAACCCGGAAAUAAUGCAGGGCGCACAGAAGCAGUACGUCGAGACGGGUGGCGGUCCGUUGAGUUGCACGUCGACGAUGCAAGGAUUCUUCCCGGCUAAAUCGGUCUUGUCCGAAGCCGAGCUCGAGGCUGUUGUCCAGAGUAUCCGGGAUAUCAAGCCAACAAGCGAAUUCCAUGCUCGUCAGCUCAAGCAGAUCAUCAGUCAUAUUGAGAGUGACGUGUCCGCGAAUAUCCAAGUGGUCUUAGUUCCCGCGACUGCGAAUGUGGAUGGAAUCGAGCACCAGAAAUACAUUUUCCCGCCCGCAUCGGCAGACAGGCCUGCGGGUCUGACAUUCGCGCUUUGCUUGCAGUACCCUGUAGCCCGAGGUUAUGUACACAUCAACAGUGCAGACCCGACCAAACCCCCUGUCAUCCAACCCAACUAUGGAGGUCAUGAUGCAGACGUCACCAUCCUAGGCGCAGCCUUCCGCUGGGUCGACAAAGUUCGACAGUCCGAGCAUCUUAAAUCAUCUCUGGCGGAGCGAUCAUUCCCCGAGCCGAGCGUCGACCUCAGUGACAUCGCUGCUGCCAAAGAAUCAGUGCAUGACGCUAUCUUGGGCGAGUACCACGUUUGCGGGUCUGUCGCAAUGGGUGAUGCGCUGGACUCCCGACUGCGUGUUAAGGGUGUUGAGGGCCUGCGGGUCGCCGAUGCCUCGGUCUUCCCGAACAACGUGAGUGGAAACAUCGUCAGCAGUGUUUAUGCGGUCGCGGAGAAGGCGGCGGACAUGAUCAGGGCCGACUGGGAUUUUGCUCCGCUGAAAGACACAAUGGUUUGA